AUGGAAUAAUUACAAUAAAAAAUGAAGAACCAGAACAUCAUGAAGUAAUAAAUCCAUCAUAUACAAUAGUUACACUUUAAUAACAGGGAAAUAUAAGGAGAUAAUUUUAAGAAAAAUAAACUCUUAAAACAAUGAAAAAAGAAGAAAAUAAUUAGAUGAAUAUUUAGAUGAAUUACAUAAAUUGGGAUUUUAUAUAGAAUUAUUACCUUAAAUAGAACCAAAAUAUUUUGUUGAAAAACAAGGAUUUUCUAUAAAAGAAGCAUUGAUUUUGACAAGAAGAGAGAAUUAAAUAAGACCAAGUGAUGAAGAAAUAAAUUAAUUAAAAUAUGAUGAAGAAACUAAUAUUUUAAAAUUGGAAUUUUAAAAUAUACCUUUUUAGAUUAAUGAUAAAAAAAACUAUAUUAUAAUUCUUGGUCCAACAAAAAGAGGAAAAACUACUUUUAUAUUUAAUCUUAUUAAUUAUAUUUUUAAUGUUUAAUAUAAUAGCAUGUAUAGAGUGAAAAAAAAAGAAAACUAAACUAAAUAAUAUUAUGAUGAAUAUUAUAUUUAAAUAUCUGGAAAAAACUAUGUUUUUGUUGACUUUCGAGGAAUAGGAGAAUUGAAACUUGAUUUUUUAGGUUUAGAUUAAACUGGAGUUACUAACAUAUAUAUUGAAAUUUUAAAGUAUAUCUGUGAUAAAAUAAAAAUUAAUGCUACAAUUGCAGCAAUAUUUUAUAUAAAUUCUUCAUCUAUUAAUAGAUUAACUGAAGAUGAAUCUUAUUGUUUGCAACGUUUUUUUGAAUUAGUACCUAAAACUAUAAUAAAAAAUAAUAAAUUCUUUUUAGUGCUUACUUAUUGUUCUGAUAACUAACCUAAAAUUAAUAUAUAUGAAUAAUCUGAAUCUACACCAUUAGAAUUCAAAGAAAAAUUAAAAAAUUAAAAAAUAUCUUAUGAAUAAAAGUUUUGGUAUUCUAUUAACAAUAAGCCAUUAUAUGAGCCACUUAUUUAUUAGUAGCAAGAUUAAGGAUAAUAUCAAUAUGAUACUAUAAAUUUAGAUCUUCAAAGAUUAAUUAAAUGUUACGAAUAAGGAACUGGGGAUUUUUUAGAACCUCAAAAAGAUGAAAGUUAUGGAUAGGAAUUAUUAUUAGAAUUAGACAGCAAUUAAGAAGUUAUAAUUAAAAUGAGAUUGAAAUAGAUGAAGGAUAAUUACAUAAAUAGUCGUAUAAUUUAAUGACAGAUGUAAUUAAAGAUAUAAUUGAAAAAUUUGAGAACUUUUCCGAUUACAAUGAUAAUUAGACAAUUUUUAAAUAUUUUGAGUAGUAAUUGAAAUAUGAAUAUGAUGUAUUAGAAUUAUUAAAAUUAUACAGAUUGAACAAUAAGGAAAAACUAAAAAAAAAAGAGGCUUAGAUCAUAUAAUCUAAGAAUACUUAUUUAUUAUAUGAAUUAAAACAGUCAUUAGAAAAAAUUAAAAAAGGAUAUACAUUCAUAUAUUGUAGUUAUUGUCAGACUCGUUAUUGUCAAACUCGUUAUUGUUUUCGUUAGCAGAAAGAUGAAAAUUUGGCCUUCAAUUUAAAUUAAAUUUUUCAAGAUAAUUAAGAAUGUUUAAAAUGUAAAAAACGAAAUUUUCAUUCCAGAUGUCAUUUUGAGAAUCAUAUAAUAGUUACAUUAAACGAAGGUUAAGAAAUUCUAAAAUAAACAUAAGUAGCAUUUAUUCAUUAAAGAAAAUAUUGUUAAAUGAUAUAAAAUUUCUCUUCGAAUAAAAGAUCUAAGGAAUUAUAUCGCCUAUAUUAAUCAGCAAAAAUCAAAGCUCAACUUAAUUAUCAAUAUUAAAUUCAGAAAAUUAAAAAUAAUUCUGAGGAUAUCUCUAAAUCAAGUAAAAAUGGAGAAAAUUGCAUAAAUAUCAAUUUAUAUAAAAGAGCAAAAUAUUUGAAUGUCAUGAUGUAUUAAUUAGAAAAUAAUUUUGAAAUGAAAGGCAGUUUUUACAAGUAAUUAAAAGAAUUAAUAGAAAUCUAUGAUCAUUUUUUAUUAUAACCUAAAAAUAAUUAUCAUAGUGAGGAUAACUUUUCAGAUAGUCGAAUGAUUAGCAAAACUUCUUAACUCAUGAAAUAAUAAUAUUAAUAAUAAUAAUUGGAAUAAAUUCAAAUUUUACCUCAUCAAUUUUAGUCAAGUUAAAAUUAACUUGAAAAUGCAAUUAAGGAUAAUAGUUUAUUGAAGGAUAUACAAUCAUCUUUAUCAGUUAAUAUUGACUCUGAAAUCUCUAAUGAAUAGCUUUUAUAAAAAAAUGAACCUUAAUUUGUAGUUGGCAAACUUAAUGAAUAAACUAAUUAAUUAAUAAAUAAUUCUGAAAAAAAUAAUAGCCUUACUUAAGCAGAAAUUAAUGAAAAAUCUAAUUUUUCCACUAAGAAUAAUAGUAAUUUAGGGCAGGAUAAUUCUAAAUUAGAAUUUUUAAAGUCAUACAAAUCAUCACAAAUUUCAGAUUCUAAUUAAUGA